AUGAGAUCUGGGCUAUUGAAUAUAGAAUCUGCUGACGCUGACCCUUUGAGAGCUGUUGUUUCUGUCUCUUCAGAUUCUUCAGAAUCUAUCAAUAUUGCUCAGUUCUCAAUUUCAGAGAGUUUUUUAGAAAAUCAAGCAUCAUCUCAGCAAUCCAACCUAAAAUUAUUAUCUGGCGAACGAUUCGUUAUAGUACAAAACAAAAAGGCUAUUGAAGCUAUCCCAAGCUUUAUUUAUUUAACUCCUCAGUCAGGGAUUUCAGCACAGUUCUGUGCGACGAAUUAUAGAGUAUUUUCUAUUUAGAUUUCGUUAGAGCCUGAUAAUAUUCACUUUUGCUAUGAAAAUAAAAUCAGACCAGAAUUUUUUGAUAUAUUUCCUAUAUAUAAAUAGUCAAUUUUUUAUUUAUUUUAAUUUUAUGGACUAUUAAUAUAGAGAGGGAAUAUCCCGCUAAUGAUGAUUGAAAAAUUCGACAUGUCUUUCGAUAAAGUUUACAGUCGCUUUGAGAUUUUUACCAAAGAUGGACGUUCAUUGCGGGUUGAUAUAAAUAAAAAUGCUCAAUUUGAGUACAAUGUGUAUGAAACACUAUCAUCUUAUAUCUUUUCUAAUGGAGUUACCAAUAGAUUUGCAUUCUUUCAUAGGUUUUUCGGACAAAUCGAUGGAUGGAAAUUAUAUAAUCCUCAUUCAGAUUAUGGGAGACUUGGCGUCGCUGAUAUUCCAGGCUCAAAAUGGACAUUUCUUGACAACUCAAACUGAGAAUUUUGCAAAAGUUACCCUGAAAUUCUUGUUGUGCCAAAAGAAUUAUUAAUCACCGAUAUAAAAGCUUCAGCAAAAUUUCGAAGCAAAAGCAGGUUUCCAGUACUAGUUUGGCUAAAUAAAAGAAGAAAAGCUACUUUAUGAAGAUCAAGCCAACCUAAAACUGGUAUUAGGACUUCAAGGUGUAUUGAAGAUGAAGUUUAUUUAAAUUAUAUUGCAAAAACUUCUCAUAGAGAGCCAAAGUUGCAUAUUUUUGACGCUAGACCUUUUAUUAACGCCCACGCCCAACGAGCCAUAGGUGGUGGUGUUGAAAAUACAGCUUAUUAUGAAAACUCUGAGCUUCAUUUUUUAAAUAUUGAAAAUAUUCAUGCAGUCAGAGAAAGUUGGUUUAAUAUGUUUAACUACACUUAUAACUCUCCACCUAGCAAAUAUUUUAGCUCUAUAGAGAAAUCUGAAUGGCUUGAUCAUUUGUCAUCGAUUUUACAAGGGGCCGUUUCUAUUACAGAAAGCUUGAACUCAGGGAUUUCUGUGCUAGUUCAUUGUAGUGACGGAUGAGACAGGACAUCUCAGCUUUGUUCGCUUUCGCAACUUAUAUUAGAAGCUCAUUAUAGAAGCCUCAGAGGAUUUGCGCAGCUAAUAUUCUAAAUAAUUGAGAUAUUAAAAAUUAAUGAAAAUAAUUUUCUAUUUUAUGGAGAAAUUUAGCAUUUGAAGGUUAAAAAUUUGUGCAUUACUAUUUAAAUUAUUAUAGAAAAAGACUGGGUAAGCUUUGGUCAUCAAUUUGAAAUUAGACUCGGCCAUGCUUCAGAAAAUCAAAAUGAUGAUAAAAGAUCGCCCAUUUUUAUUCAAUUUUUAGACUGUGUUUAUCAAUUAACUGUGCAGUUUCCUACACAUUUUGAAUUUAACUCAUUAUUGCUGCACGAUCUUACAUAUUUUUCUUACUCAGGAAGAUUUGGGACUUUUAUGUGUAACAAUAUGAAGGAGAGAAAAGAAUUUGGAGUCAUUAACAAUACGUCCUCAGUAUGGACUUAUGUAUUUGAAAAUUUAGAUAAAUAUUACAAAAUAUCUUAAGCCAUAGCCAAUAUUUGUAGCCAAUUAUUAUUUUAUAUAAAAAUGAAAAAAUUUUAUUACUGGGACUAAUUUUGUUCUAUUAAAUAAAUAAUAUACAAAUUCAUUUUAUGUCCAGGGACAAGAAGAUAUUUUAUCGCCAGUGGCUUCACAGAGGAGGUUCCAAAUUUGACAUGAUAUUUUUUCGAAGUGGCAUGCAGAUUUUUAUUAUCCUGUCGUUAAACUGCUAGGACCACAAGAUCAUAAAGAAGUAUUGAUGAGAUCUGCAUGCGAAGGAAUGCAGCUAUAUAAAGCACUUAUAGAUAAAAAAGAAAAAGAAAUCCAGGAGCUUAGAAAACAGAUGGCAGAAAUGCAAGGAUAUGAAAUAGCGGAUGUGAAUAAUUAA